AUGGGACAUGAGGAGCAUGGAGGGACUUGGCACAUGGAAGCAGCUCAACUGGAUACGCAAAGGAAGAAGGGAGAAGCCAUCUUGAAGACCAGCUCGACCGUCUACUCGACCAACCGGUCGAGUUCCUCAACUCGACCGGCCAAGCUUCAACUCGAUCGAGCUGAGAAGUCAACAGUGUAUGCGAACUCGAUCGAGUCGGUCUACAGAGGACUUGGUCGAGCUAGACUUACAACGGGUAGAAAGAGGGUUCAGAGGUCACAGAGGGUACAAGAGGAACCUGAGGUGCUUGUUGCUGAUACAAUGGAUGUACCAGAGGGGAAUGGAAACCCUUUGGGAAUGGACUCGGUCGAGCUAGGCAAACUCGACCGAUUGGUCAAGGAGAUGCUCCAAACCGCCACCAACAGAGACAAGGGAUUGUUCCACCACCAGUGCAGAACCACAACUUUGAGAUCAAGCUGGGAAUGA